CUAGUCUUGUGUGCUUUGUGGUUUAGAUGAAUUCAGUCAAUUGUUUUUCAAAAAUGUAUAUGAUGCAUAAUAGAGUCUGGCCUUAUUGGUGGGGUUUGAUAUUGUUCGUAAUACAAAACUUAUGGUAAACCUCAGAAACCUUCCACUGCGAGAAAUCUGAAUGGUUUUAGUCUAAUGAUAAGUGUCAAGAAUACGAGAAUCCAAUAAUUAUCGCAUUGCGAAGUAAGUUACGCACCAGUUCAUUGUUCCUGCUUCUAUAUGUCCUUUUUAAAUUGCCCUCGUAUCCGACACUGAACGUCCUAAAACUGAGCGCCACCUUAAAAGUAUGAUCUGUUCGUCCAUAAGGUCUUUUUUAUGAAGGGGGUUAUUUUAACUUAAUGUAAUUGUUUUAAGCGGAUAUAUGCCCAUUCAGAUUUGUGUAAUGUCAUUUAUAUAGUACACUAAGUAGCACGUUCUCCCCAAAACAUUACUGUUUUACUUCAUUUCAAGAUUCUUCAGUGUUCAUUUGAGCUUCUACAGUAAUUUCUGUUGAAUACCUGAGUUUUUAUUACAUUAUGCGAUACCUCAAUCCCCUGGUUUCGGGGGAGAUUUUAUGCGUUUUAGGAAAGCCAUAUUGGAAAAUGUUGGAAAACCCCAAAGGUUCAUAUCUGGGAUUUUACCUCGAAAUAUUUCCAGACUUUGGGGAAGGUACUCAUUUUCAUUUGGUUUUAGGGAAAGCCACAGAAUUUCCCCGAAAUCAGGAGACUGGAACUAGCCGUGAAUUAGUUUCCAUGACUUUUAUGCUCAGGAAAAUGACUCAGUACCUGUAAAAAAAGAAACAGCCUUUUUAAGGGGUGUUGGUUCAGUAGUUAGGGCGUUCGACUUCCAGUCAUUCGAACCUCAUUUAAUCUACUUCCGUUUGGACAACCAGGUGGUUCCAUUAGCCUUCACACUUCUAGGGUAGCUCAUAUACAAUUACUUGGUAAUGAAUAUUAAUUCUUUCUCAGGUUGAAUAUUCAAUUUAAAAUCUACGUCCAUUUGCGUCUUUGUUUUUUAUCAUAUGAAUUGAGCUUCACCAAAUCCUGAGACACUUUCAGACUGUAUACUUAUAUGUUCAGUACACUAGAUUUACAUGUCUCGGAAAGCAAAACAGAACAGAUUUUAGAUUGGAUUCACAGUUUUGUGAUUAAAUUUUGUUGGGGAUCAAACACCGUACACCAAAGACUACAAUAAGUGAAAAACCUUUUCAUACGUGAAAAAUACUAUGCCUAGUGAGAAUUUUCCCUCGACUAUCGGUUAGACAGCUAAAUGAUGCGCUUUCACUUUGCCCCAUAUUUAUUUGUCCUUCCUUGAUUGUCUUUCGUCCAUUUCGUCUUAGUUUAUCUCCCUUCUUGUUUUUUAUGGUCCACCAUCAAUGUGGGUUUAAAUUGAUGUUCUAGGUUCUACAUAAUUUAAACCUCUAAAUGGAUUCCGAUAUUCCCAUUGUAAGUUGCAAACUAGUUCCUCUGUGCUAAAUGGUUUUCAAAGUUGAUGUGAUGGUAUUUUCUCAACCUUUGCCCCCAAAUACCCUGGUACGAUCGAGAGUGGGCAGAGUCCGCUCUCUCUCUCUCUCUCUCUCGAAAUGCUUCGACACGGCCACGCGUAUAUAGCCCCUGCCAGGGAAGUCCUACUCAUUGCCUUCUCGUGGCGGGUGUGUUGUUUACGAAAUUGAGAGGACAAAAAGUGGAUGUUCGGCGUUUUAACCGGGUUGGUGGACACGGAGAGUCCAUCUAGGGGAGUUGAAAAACCCUGAUUCCAAACCACUGGUGCACAUGAGCUCCAGUAUCCUGAAGGAACAAAUGGCGUAUGAACCAAUCGUUGGUCACCGGGUACCAUGGGACUGCAUCUCCUUACGAUGCUCUACUACCUUGUGGAUCAGACCUUCAAGUCAAAGACUCGGAAUGUGACCCCCUAAGAAAACCACCUGCUUCGGUUUGGACACCCGGGCAGUAUCACAGCUCUCACACAUAUCAAAUGGGAUUUGGGUGGCGCGUAUGUAACUGGUGCCUUAUUGUGCCAGUAUUAAUGUGUUCAAAUAAAUAAAUAAAUUUCCCUUUAGCCUGGAGUAUAAAGUUAAAAUCCUUCGCCGGAUUGUGAAUUUGUGAUCGUCAAUUCUGAUCUGAGAUAAUAUAAUGAUAUGUUUUCCCAGUACUGUGCGCACUAAGUCAAGAUAAAUGUCAGUUGAUUAUGCAUCUAAGCUGUCCUACUAUCCCAACAAAGGAGUUUGUGGUGUACCUGAAGUUCUCGAUGACGAUUCCCAACUAAAUUUUAAACUCACUGAACUUGUUAAUUUGGUACGUCGAUCCACCUACAUAGUUGUGCAUACUGGAGCUGGUAUUAGCACAUCAGUGGGUAUACCGGACUUUCGAGGUCCUGGUGGUGUCUGGACGUUGGAGAAAGUUGGAAAGAAGCCUAAACUUUCUAUACCUUUUGAAAAAGUGAUUCCAUCACUAGCACAUCGAGCUCUUGUUGAAUUGGAAAAACAUGAUGUUGUCAAAUUCUUAGUGACUCAAAAUAUAGAUGGGUUGCACUUGAGAUCUGGCUUUCCAAGAGACCGUUUGGCUAUUCUUCAUGGUGAUAUGUUUCUUGAAUCAUGUAGUGCUUGUGGAACUUUAUACGCUCGAUCAACACCUUCAGGAUCAGUGGGUUUACGGCAGUCAUCAGUUGUAUGCACCUAUUUGAAACCUAAUAAACGGUGUUGCAGAGGAAAGCUUCGUGAUACUAUUCUUGACUGGGAAGAUGACCUACCACUCUUAGAUUAUAAUCUUGCAAUAGAACAGUCAAAAAAAGCAGAUCUUCAUAUAUGUAUUGGCUCAUCACUACAAAUGUUCCCUGCUGCCGGUCUUCCUCUUACAAAUGUUUGUAAGACUGUCAAUAACAGAAGUACCAACAAUUGUCCUUUCAUUCAAAAUUAUUAUAAAAUUGAGAGUUCAAAGAAUCUUGGAUCAAAACUAGUAAUUAUUAAUCUGCAGCCAACAAAAAUAGCUAAAUAUGCAACUUUAAACAUAAAUGCACCGGCUGACUUCGUAAUGAAAGUAUUAUGUGAAAAAUUAAAUAUAUUGGUCCCAUCCAUAUCUCCACUCAAUGAUAGUUUGUAUUCACCAGUAAUUGUUUUGAGGUCAAUGCAUUCCAAUUUAAAAGCACAAUGUCCAUGGCGUAUUCUCCCUCAUCCAACCAAUAAACAUUCACUUCUCAUUGUUCAAACUAGUAGUCAGUGCAUGGAACUGAAAACAAAAAAGGAUGAUGAAACGAGCUGUUUUCAGUCUGAAAUUGUUCCAAACGAGUCACGCAGUACUGUUUCAUUUCAGUUGUCUAAAUUAGAAUCAACGUCUUGAUCAUUUUUUCUCUGCUGAUGUGUGUCUUUGAAGUUCAAUAAACGAUAACCUAUUUUCCCUAGUUUUUUUCUGUUAUUGAAUAUCUCAUUUUCUUAUUGGGAAACUGUAACGUAAACUCAUCCAAAUUAUCUUCUCUAUUUUAUACUUCCAGCUAUCCAUGACUUCCCAUCUUCGUGGUUGGGUUAUCUACAUACUGCUUUUAUUUUUACGGUUUCUGUUUGUGUUCGAUUUGCAGUCGGGUUAUUUACAUCCAGAUGAGUAUUUUCAGGGGAUUGAAGUUGCAGCGGGUGACAUUUAUAAUCUGGACGUAUUAAGGACAUGGGAAUUUCAAUUAGAUGAUAAAGGUCCUCUUAGAUCUGUAGCUGGAAUGUCACCUUUUGUACAUAUCCCGAUUCAGGCUGCCAAAUGGAUUCAUGGUGGAAUUGAUUAUAAAAGUAAUGUUUCUAUGAUUUGAGGUUUGUCGCUCAUUUUACACACAUUUUAUCUGAGUCCCAGGUAUACUGUUGAAAAAUAUGGGACUACGGUUAAAUAGGACAACCUAUCAGAGGUACGGAGGUUAUGUUCUUUCUGCCAAAAUCAAGUUGGUUUGUGUACUACAUUCUUUUCUACAUGUUUUUUAUACCAUAAAGUUAUUUUCAUUGCUAUUACUAUUAUGCAUGUGUGAACCAGUAGCUAAGGUGUCCUAUUUCCGUCCAGGUUCGAACUCCCCUUCAUCUACGGAUAGGACAACUAGUAGUUCUACUAACCCUUACACUUAGCGUUCGACUUAAAGUGCGUAAAUCUGCACUUGGUAAACGAGUUAAUAAUGAUUAUAUAUCUUAGUUGAUAACACAUCUAGUUGAAAAACUAGUAAAUAUUCGUCUUAUAACUCUUGAUUAUCCUUUGCUUCAUAUCUUGACAUUGGCUAGCUGCUGUCUGUCAAGUUUCGUUGCUCGUUCAAGUUUUUAAUAAAUGAGAGUUAGCUAGUGUUUAGGAUCGAGUCGGUACAUAAACAUGGUUAUCAUGCCCUUAUAAAGUACACGAUAGUGUUUGUGUGUAUUAUUUUUAAUCAUCUUGAAAAUAUCCCUAGUAUUUCAAUUUAUUUAUUUUUUAGCUGAAGAAACUGACUUCAAUGGAUCUGAUAUGUUAAAUAGAAUUCUGUUUCCCUCCCGGUUAGUCACUGUACUUGGUUCAUAUUUAGUCGAUCUUUUUAUAUUACGCUGUUGCAUACGUGUUGAUCAUCAUCAAGUUUCAGCAAAGCAGACUAAAAUCCAAAAAAUAUUACAUGCUGUACAAUAUCAUUCUGUACCAACAGCUUUAUUACUUUAUGCAUCAUGCGCAUUCGGUGGGAGUUUAUGGUCUACACGUACAAUUGUCAAUGUAUGGGAAUCAAUUUAUGUUUCUUUAUUUGGCCUACUGUUCUUGGAAGUUUUGGAUCGUUUAGAGCAAUCAUCUGAUCCUACUGUGAAUAAACAAUCCUUAAUUCUUUUCAUGUGUAUUCAGUCUGCUGUUGUUGUGUGGGGUACAUUUUUGCGACCUACUUAUAUUUUGUUCAUUCUUCCAUUAGGAAUUAUCGAAUUAGCAUUCAUCUUAGUCAAGUUUAAGUACAUUUCCAUGAUUCUUUGUUUACCAUCUGUUCUACUUGUUUUUUUCAAUACAUUCAUUUGUGUAAUAAUAGAUACAUUAUACUUUCACAAUGUGAGUUUAUUACAAGCUUUCCAGGUCGAUUUUUCACGAUUUAAGUUGAUAUAUACACCUUACCGGUUUUUAACUUAUAACUCCAACUCAUACCAUGUUUCUUCCCAUGGCUUACAUUCUCGAUUUACACACUUCCUUAUUAAUUGGCCUUUAAUAUUUGGACCUAUUUUUACAUUUCGUUUAUUCACUCAACCUUUACAACGUCGUUCAAUUUCAUCGUGUAUUGCUUGGAUCAGUGUGGUAUUCCCUACAUUUGUUUUGUCCACUAUACCUCAUCAAGAAGCACGUUUUCUUAUUCCAUGCCUACCGUGUGCUUGUUUCGUUGUUGGUCAGAGUGUUGAUGCUAAAGUCAGACAUACAAAACGAAAAGACGUUUCAUGUACUUGUAUAAGUAUUCUUGUACUAUGGAUAUUUCAUCAGUUUAUCUUGAUUUUAUUUUAUGGGUACUUACACCAAGCUGGGCUAUUUUCUUAUAUGAGAACCAUUCCAAGUAAUGUAACUGGAUGCGUCACUCAUGUAUUCUUCAGAACUUACAUGCCACCUCGUUUUUUGUUAAAUAUACCUUUAGAAAAAUCUUCACAUUAUCCAUCACAGUCUUGCAAAUCACUUAUCGAUUUAGGAGGAUCUAAUGUGACAAUUUUAAACAAUACAAUAAACCAUCUUAAAACAUAUCAAAAUUUCUCAGGUAUACUCAAAUUGGCGUAUCCUGGAUCCAUACAACCGUUGGAAAAUUUACUUCUAUCCUCUUGGGGUAAUGUCGUUAUGUGUGAACAGUUCUUCCCACAUUUAUCAAUGGAGAACCCGCCAUCCAUUCGUCAUCCUUUUGUUUACGAAAACUGGAAAUCUCAGUUAUCAUUACACGUACUAACGAUCAAAGUUUAACUAAAAUAUAUUUUCAUCUAAAUUUUUCUAUGUGCUAAUGUACUUUUUACAUUCGUUUUCUCCAUAAAUCUCUUCGUAUACCAUUCUUUUGUUCUGAUUUUAAAUUUUGGUGUACAUUAAUUUCCAGAGUUGUUUGCUUUUAGUGUAUUUGGAUGAUGACACUUAUCAGUGGGAAACCAACAAUUUGUUAGUCUGCCUGGCCAUGCACUUAAAAUGCCAUAAAUCCAAUACGGGUUUUCAGUCAAUCAGUCAUUUAAGAUCAGCAUAGAGCCUGGCACAUAUUUAUAUUUGUUCAAGUUGCCCUGCCACAUUUGCACAGCGAAAUGAAUUUAAGAAGAUAAACAGUAAAGAAAUCGAAAUAAUGUUCUAGCAGUGACUCUACUGAAAUCAGAAAUCCUUCCAGAACUUACAUACUUGAAGUGAUUGCUAAUAAAACUGAUCAAUAUAACUUUAACUAAGUGAUAUUACUAAUGUUGUUGGACUAAGUUACUUUAAUACAUAUCUAGUAGCUAGAAAAAUGUGCUGUGUUUAGACAGAUUGUCCUGUUUUUUUUCAAAUAUUAACUUAUUACGUCAGACCGAUUAUUAUUAUUACUAUUAUUAUUAUUUAUUAUUAUUAUUAUUAUUAUUUAUUAUUAUUAUUAAUUAGUCCAAAUCCACAGCAUUUUCGGAUACUGUUAUGAUAUACGAUCACUGAUAUUCCAUCUGAUUGAUGUAUAUUGGAUGGGAUCAAUUAGAGGCAAUCGCCGCGUUGUUUUUUGGUAGUGGCGUUUAAUUUCCGGAAUUACUAUGCUGAAGGUAUAAAAUAAUGGCAAUAUAGCGGUGUGUGUGUCUUUAAUGAAUGUGUGAUUACUGUUUAUUUCUGCUUCUGCGUGAGUAUUGAAAAAUUGUCAAUUCUUACUUAUUUUUAUUUCUACUUGUGUGAUCCCCUUCAAGGAGUCCAAUACCUUUGGAAUGACGAUUGAUAAACAUACUAUAUUCGAAACAUCUAAUCCCCUAACAGAAUCUGUUAAACAUUUACCAGGGAUUACUUAUGAAAGUCGAGUACUUGGUCAUUUUCAAAAUCCUGAGUUGUUUCAUUCACCUGUCUCACUACCUAAACUGACUCCAUCCCCAGACGUUAAGAAUAGAUCUCAUUUAUCCAGUAUAAACAAUAAACCAUUGGUUCUGAAUAUUUCUAAUCCCAGAUUUCCACCAAUAAAUUCAUCCAAAUCGACGACCACCAAUGAUUUUAGCGGAUUAUGGCCGACAAGUAUCUCACUGUCCAACCGUAUUAUCAACAAAAAUAAUGAUGGUUCACUGAUAUUACAAAAUGAUAGUUUCAUUCCCAAAGCACUAUCUGACCAACAAGAUUUUCGCAUUCCAACUAGCAUAAUCAAUGGUCAAAUAGUUGUUCAAAACCCCUCAUCGAUCUGUCUUGCGGCAAAUAAUAUUUCUGUAACCAUUUCCCCUGCCUUACCAAACCUCAUAACUUCGUCUGCAUUUUGUUGUCCAACACGUUUCAUUCCAGAAAGUGUAAAAACAACUGUAUCAAAUCGAACAUUCUGUUUUGUCAGUUCGAGGAAUGUGGCAAAACUACCGAGUGUGUGCGUUCAUUCAACAUUAAUAAAUCAAGAAAUUCACUCUAGUGUUGCAGCUCCAGAUGUAAGUUACUGUGGUGCAAUACCUUAUCCUCGUUCCCAACCGCCCAGAAAAUCGGGGGAUGUUUCACAAGUUCCCGUCAGUACACUAUCUUCUUUUGUCAACGAAAUCAAUUAUUUAGAAGAAUCCUGUCUUGAUAUAGCUAAUCUAAAAAAUGCUCCUGAUAAGUCGAUCCAGCAGCAUGAGCUAUCUCCACCUAAAAAUUUAUUCCAUUGUGAUUACUGUACUUUUACGUCUUCGAAUUCCGAUCGUCUUUUUCGACAUAUAAAUUCACGGCAUUUAUCAUCGCUUGAGCAUGAUAAGGUAAAACCUUCAUGCCUUCAAGUUCAUCCGACAUCUUUAUCUGAUAUUUCGAAUCAAAUUAUUAUCACAUCUGAUUAUUCUUCGUCAUCGUCAUCUUCGUUUUCGAUUACUAAUUCCACUUCAUCGUUACCGGUUACUGAUUCUACUUCUUCAAGCGUAUUUGAAACAACAGUAUCUAAUACUCCUUCGACUUUUACAACUCACGAUAAUAAUAACUAUAGGUCUUGUAAUCUACUUCCAUCCGAAUCGUUCCCAAAUAUACCGGUUACAGUUUGUAUAAAUAAAUCUACUUGUAAAAAUUCUUCACACAAUACUCUAUCAAAGUCGUCAAGUCGUCGAAAACAAAGUUUUCCAUUCAAGAUGCCGGGUGGUUCAGACCUAAUCCAAUUGCCUGUUGUUUAUCCAAAUAAUCGUUUUUGUGAUUUGCCACUUCAGGGCGUUGAAUUAUCAGUGAAUAAUAAAGGAAGUACACUUUUAAAUGAAUCUUCGUGUUCAUCCUAUGCGUCUGGUAGUACAUUAGAUGAUACCAGUGAUGAAAAAGACUCAGUAUUUUUAGGAUUUACUCAUAUGGGAUCAUCACGGAAAAGGCUACAUUCUCCGGAGGGUUCAGAAACAAGUUUAUUCCAUUCAUCGAGUCAACAAAAAAAUAGACAUCGAAAGAAUCGUAUUACAAGUAAUCGCCAUAAUGUCACGUCAUUAGUUGAUCAUGGAAAGUCAAUCAAUUUUUCAUCCUACAUGACAAUUUCAAAGCAAGAAACCAAAAGAUAUUUUACUAGUAAAGAGUCUACUCUUCUACCAGUAAACUCCUCUUUUCCACUACGUGAUAUAUCAGUUACAUUGGAACGUUUAAAUGAUAUUCCGGAAUACGGUCAUACUGAUUCAGAUUCAUCUAUUAUAAAUAUUAGUUCCACCUCAUCCGAAUAUUCUUACCAAGAUACCCAACGUUUGACACCAGAUAAAAUUGAAAACCCUGAAUUAGAAAAACAAAGAAUGAAAGAUGGGUUUUCUCUUUCUUAUGAUAAUUUCAAAAGUAGCGAACAAGGUACUCUGUCACAUAAACAUAACGAAUUAAAUGAAGACUCUGAGCAAAUUAAGAAACAUCCAUACUUAAAUGAGCUUCCAGUCGCCGUAGAUUCUAAUCAAAUUGAGAUGCUUAAAAUGUCAAAUAAUCGUCGCAGACCAUCUGGUGCGAAAAAAUACUCUAAACAGCUUGAAAUUCCUGACGAGUUUUUAACUUUGCAGUCUCGAAGUGAAAUGGAAGCUGAUGAACUUCAAGUGGAUAUUUUGACAGGAGAAAUAUUUGUCAAGAACAUACCUUUGCGGACUCUAGUUACAGGUUUGAAGCGUCCACGAUUUUACCAGUUAGAACUGGAUUAUAAAAAAUAUUUACCUCGAGGUGGUCGUAGUCAACCUUUUAGAAAUUCCAAAGGUCAGCAUCCUUUUUCAAAUAAUUCAAAAAAUGUACACAAAGUUAACAGUGUAAUUACAACAGCUAACAAACGAUCAAACAAGGAAAAAAAGUAAUCACUAAAGCUAAUCCAAAUAAAUUUAAUAAUGCUCAAAUAUAUUGUAAUGUCUUAUCAUAACAUUAUUUAUUCAGUUGUCAUAAUUUUUCUUUUUCCAUCCUUCAUUAAUCAACAACUCAUUCUGUAAAUAAUAAUAAUAACAAGAAGAAGAAGAACAUUGUCACCUAUGAUAACACUUAAUAAUUCUAUAAUAUAUUUCUAAUGUGUCUAUAAUUUCAGGUUAAUUUAUAUGUAUGUGUAAGCAUUUAAUUGUGUUCUUGUUUCGUAUUUUUGUAUACUUUUUUAUUUACUAAUCCUAUUAAGAUUUCCAUCUAUAUGUAUAUACAUCCUAAAUUCUUUUUUUUGUUUACUUACUUUGUAUAUUCGUUGUAUAAAUUCAACAACAACAACAACAACAAAAUGUAGUCGUUUAUUCUAAGUUUUAUUCAGUUCAUUUAUUAUAUUAUAUUAAAGUAACUAAAAAUUACGUUGAUUACACUGAUUUCUAUGAGUUUUUCUUUAUUACAAAAUUUUUUUUAAAAAAAAUUAUUUUCCAAAUAAUCAGAGUUCAUCGGCAAAUGAAUUGAGCUUUGAUCUUUUAGUCUUUCAAAGUUAACUAUUUAUCACCAUAGAAAUAAGAUAGUAAAUAAUUUUGUAGUUGAUUUUUAGAAAAUUAAUUGAAUAUUAAAGCGUAUUAGAUGGAUAUUUUACGUCUUCCUUAGAUUUUUUUUCAGGAAAUACAUUAAACUCAAGCUGUUCAAAUCACCUCCCCCCUCCUUAGUUUAGAAGAGAUGAGAGUAAACUUUAUAAUUUAAACUUCAGUUGUCAUGAUUUUACACUUGGUGUUAAAAAUUAUUUCUCAUUAAUUAAUUAAAUAGCUCACAUCGUUUCAUUUAAGUUUAUGUUAUUUCUUGUGUUAUAUGGUUUAAAUUAAUAAAAUUGAAUAUGGCUAUAAAUCAACUGGAGACGAAAGCUCGUAUCAUCCUCAAUACAAGUAGGUUGUAUAAGCGUAUUAUGAG